CUCUGUAGUAUGCGGACUAUGACGAAGUGCCCUAAGGACGUACUUGUACAUUCAGGUCUGCUGCUGCCGACACCGUGGGGUUGAAGCAAAACCCUGUGCUUCUCGCAGCUACCGAUCAAACGACGAUUUUCUGCUUCAACUUCCUGAUCACAUUGAUUGUCAGGUGGAUUUCGGAGGUUACAAUUUACUCGUUGGCUGGUAUAUUUGUGCAUCUUGGAGCCCCACGGAAGAAACGUUCAGUCAGGAAGGAUUUGAAGAUACUCUGAAAGGGAAGGCGCGGAGGAAAUAUGCGUCCAUUAGACGAGGACGAAACGACACAAGUUCUGGAGAAGCUGCAUAAGUUUGUUGGCUCUAAUCUGAAGCAUUUGAUCGAGCGGCAGGCGACAGAGGGCUUAGAUUCAAAACCAGGUGGCUACUGCUUUCGCCUGCAUAAGCAGAGAGUUUACUAUGUAAGUGAAUCACUUGUUCGUCGAGCCACGAAUAUUUCUAGAGAAAAACUAUGCGCACUAGGGACUUGCAUAGGUAAGUUCACGAAGUCUUCAAAGUUCAAGCUCGUGGUGACUUGUCUCGACCUUCUUGCCGCCCAUGCCAAGUAUAAGAUAUGGGUAAAGCCCUCAGCAGAAAUGUCUUUUCUUUACGGUAAUCAUGUAUUGAAGAGUGGCCUUGCAAGAAUUACAGACAACACCCCUCAAUAUCAAGGUGUGGUAGUCUACUCCAUGUCGGACAUUCCUCUAGGAUUUGGUUUGGCUGCUAAGUCUACUCAAGACUGCAGAAAGUUGGACCCAACAGACAUAGUCACUUUGCAUCAGUCAGAUAUAGGUGAGUACUUGCGAAUGGAGGAUGAGCUGUAGAUUGGGCGGAACUUAUUUGUAAUUUUAAUUUCCGUGUUGAUACUUGUUACUCAAAUGAAUCGAGUGAAGGGUGGUUUUGUGCUGUCAAGCCAAACCCUGAAAUUUUGACCGUGAAUGUCACGUAUGUGCACGUUACAUUUGGAUUUUUCUGGGAGUUGUUCAAGUCUAUCGAGUUGAAUUCUGCACCGCGAAGUAGUUUCUAACUUCACGGCGCGAAUCACAUCUUCAAGUAUGG